AUGGCACGUCCAACAAAAACAACACCUUCAAAGCGCAAACCAUCCACUACAAAACCUGCCGGCGCGACAACGACGUCCACAUCCACGUCCGCCUCAGUCCCAGCACCAAAUGCGCCCACCGUUGGCCCCGGUUCCCGUCCCUCUCUCGCCCAAGCACCCCGUCCCCUCUCCUAUCACCUCAUCUCCGGCGCUCUAGUCCUAUCCACCAUGGCCGCUUCCUCCCUUGCCCUAUUCUGCAUCCGACAGCUCCUCCGUCCGACGUUUGGCGCUACAGCCGCGCUCCAGUACGCCCAGGUCGUCCUUAUCGUCCUUUGCGCACCUAGCACGCUGGUGCCCUUGAUGGACCCGCAUACUGUUCUCAGUAUACUGGGGAGUACGAUCGCUCUCACCCCGGUGUUGGUGUACCAGUCCAGCCGCCUCCUAGCACGGCUGGAUAUCAUCCAAGAGUGGGGUCCAGGGGUAGGGGCAACCCUCGCCCAGCUGCUAGCUGUGAUCCCCCUUACUGUGUGCACCGUCAACUUGAUGAAAAGAUGGAUGCCAGAUACCGACUACCAGCUGAACGGCUCUAUCCGCGCGGGGUUCACCACCUAUGCGGGGAUGCACUCCCUUGGCCCGAUAUACGCUGCCAUCCUACCCCAUUCGGAGCUUGUGAACCCCUGCAACCUCCUCUCUGCCACUGCUGUCGUACUCGCAUUCAUGAGCAUCGUAGUGCCUGACGAGGACCCGCACUCGAUCGCCGCCGCCGCACAGGAGGCUGGAGCAGCAGCAGAAAAGAAGGAAAAGAAGGAGACGAACACGGUAGUGAAGAUGCUUCUCCUCGGCUUGCCCAUCCUGUUCCUCUCCUUCCCCCGGUUGGCUAUCUCCAACCCUCUGGGCGAAGGCAACAUCCGGAUGUCCAACUGCGCGCCUAUCCACUCCCUCCCCGGGGAAGACGUGCAUGUCCUCGCUAGGGGGGAGAGCGUCACCGGCACACUCGUGGUUGGGGAGAGCAAGGAACUUGGAUUCCGCUGGCUCAGGUGUGACGCUAGCUUGCUUGGUGGGCAGUGGCUGGACGGUGCGGACCAGGAGAAGCUGGGACAUGCGGGGGGCGAGAGCAUCUUCGCCGCCUUUGACUUGCAGCAGGCGGUCCUCCUCGCAGAACGUGAGAAGAAGGCAGACGACAGAGCGCUAGUCAUUGGACUGGGAAUCGGUUCUCUCCCCUCUGCCCUCUACUCGCACGGCGUCACACCCACGAUCCUAGAAGUAGACCCUCUCAUCCCCCCCUACGCCCGUUCCUACUUCUCCUUCCCCGCCCUCCCGACCCAAAUCGCCGAAGCGCGCUCCUGGAUCUCCCAGCGCACCCAAGCGCGAGCCAACGGCACCCUCUCCCCGCAGGACACAGACUUCGCCUACAUCGUCCACGACGUUUUCACAGGCGGGGGCGUCCCAGCGCACAUGUUCACCGUGGAAGUCUUCCAGGAACUCAAGCCUCUCCUCAAGCCGGACGGCGUGUUGGCGGUCAAUGUCGUUGGCGAGCUGGGGGGGAACGCGGGGCGCGCAGUUUGGGUGACGCUAAACCACGCUUUUGCGGAUGGGAAAUGCCGGGCGUUCUACGAUCUGCCCGCUCCGCCCAAGAAGGGGGAGAUGGCGAACAUGGUCGUCUUCUGCACUCCUGCGCCCAGUCUCCAGUUCUCCCCCCUGCCGAAAACGUUCACGCAGAGCAGGACGACCCAGCUCGUCCUAGGUAACUUGCCUGAGAGGGAAAUCAGCCCGGAGCAGAUGAUAGGCCAUGUGGCUGAGAGCCUGAUCACGGAUGAUUGGAUCGUGAGAGAGGCGAGGAACUAUAUGGACAAGUGGACGACGGGGGACGUCUUGAGACAUUGGAGAGCGAUGCGCAAGGUCUUGCCUGCUGAAGUGUGGGACCUGUACUGAUUGCAGGGAUUGGGGAAGAAGUAGAUAUGGAGGGUAUCGGAGAGACGGACGGAAGGGGAGGAUGUACAUGACAGGGGAGAGGGACCUAUGGGGUGGAUUGGGAGGACGUUUCCUACGGAGGUUUUGGUUGAGCAUAUAGUCUAUUUGUUGGAUCUUAGUAGUAUGCAC